UUGUCUAAUGUCUUGUCAGUUCUGGGAGUGGAGUUUGUAUGUAAUUUCUAUGCUAGUAGUUUUCGACAUAAAUGUUAUGUCAGUGUAAUUAUAAUUGUGGAAAUGUUUGUUGAGAAGUAUAUAUUAAAACCGCGUUAAUUCGAUAAAUCAUAAAUACAGUGCAUUCAAUCAAUACAAGUAUCACAACUGCUGACGUCGAGUUCACCAUGGAAAAAUUACGUGCCAUUUUCAUCUCCAUCAAUUAAUUACGAUUUUAACUUAAUAGUCGUCGCCAUUUGAACGCGAAUAAAAUCAACUUGUUAUGUCUAAAACCACACAAAUAGAUUCUUGUUUGCUGGUGAAUAGAAGAGUAGAACAGCUUCAAGAGCACAGCAUCACAUGCACAGAAAUAACGCAAAGGAGAGUAUUGCAUGAAAAGAAUCAAGAAAUGCAUCAGUAUUCUGGUUCAGCGACCCCCGAAAUGUCGGGCAAUUCGUACUUGCUGGAUUCGUCGUACCGACCCUCGCUCAAUGGCCAUCCAGAUAACCACUCUCCCAGUUCGCUACUCCAGGAAGGCAACACGUCGACUUUAACACGAAGCCAGAAACAACCACCGAAUCAGCAAGUGAGCACAGUUUCAAAAGUAGUCCGGGAAAUGCAUCAUUUAGCGCCGGAAAAUUCGGACAUCGAUUACGUAUCUGCUCCUUAUCAAGGCGAUUUAUCCGGAUCGAAUAUCGGCGCUGCCCAUUCGCAAUAUGCCGGUUACAUGGAUCACAUGGCACCGUCAGAACAAAAUCGACAUUAUAACGAUCCGUAUCAUUCUAACUAUCAAGAUUACGACGUGUAUCCGAAUUCCGGAGGAGAUUACGGAAUGGUGUACGACAGCAUGAACAUGAGUGUCGGACAAUAUCAGCCAUAUGGUAAUGCGGCCAAUUACGCCGAUCAUUCUCAAUAUAGUGAACGACCUCCGACUCCUCCUAGUCCAAGCGAACGAAGCGAUUCGCCGCCGCCUCAACAACUUUUAGCUCACGAUUUUAUGAGGAAAGGUGGCCCAUAUCCGGCAUCCGGAUACGAUGAAUUAGACGCUACAUCUCAUAUGAUUCCAAGAUCAGAACACUUCCGAAUCACACCAUCUCCAGGAGCAGUUACAGAUAGAUACGAUCAAAUGAGUAACUCGUGGAAUAUGGACGAAAACGCGAAACCGUUGUCGAUUCGUCACGGAUUAAAAUGGAGAGAUCCUAAUUUCACAGAAGUAAUCAGCUUCUUAACAAAUCCUAACGAUACGGUGAAGGCGAACGCGGCAGCAUACCUGCAACAUUUAUGUUACAUGGAUGAUCCGAAUAAACAAAAAACCAGAGCUUUGGGCGGAAUCCCACCUUUAGUGAAACUUCUUAAUCACGAAAGUCCGGCUGUUUAUAGAAACGCGGCUGGCGCUUUAAGAAAUUUAUCAUACGGUAGACAAAACGACGAAAAUAAACGAGUAAUUAAGCUCUCCGGCGGAAUCCCGUUGCUUAUUAAUUUAUUACGCAAAUCGACCGAUCCGGAAGUUAAAGAAUUGGUGACUGGAAUUUUAUGGAAUUUAUCAUCGUGCGAGGAUUUAAAACGAACAAUUAUCGACGACGGACUCUCUGUAUUGGUUAACCAUAUUAUUAUUCCUCAUUCUGGUUGGAGUCCUACUGGCGGAGGAACAGACACUUGUUGGUCGACUGUGUUCAGAAAUACUUCCGGUGUGCUCAGAAACGUCAGCUCGGCCGGAGAAUUCGCUAGGAAGAAAUUAAGAGAAUGCGAAGGAUUGGUCGACUCGUUAUUAUACGUUGUAAAAAAUGCAAUAGAUAAGUCUAAUAUUGGUAACAAAAGCGUAGAAAAUUGUGUAUGUGUUUUACGAAAUCUAUCUUAUCGAUGUCAAGAAGUAGAAGAUUCCAAUUACGAUAAACAUCCUAUUCCGAUGAGUGGGAAAAUCGGUACUAAUGUUAAAGCCGGAGAAAAUCUAGGAUGCUUCGGUGCUAGUAAAAAGAAGAAAGAUGGACAAGCGGGUAACCAAAAUAGAGAAAGCGUUAGUGUGAACAGAAGCACUACUAGGACUGAGCCAGUUACUGGAAUGGAACUACUUUGGCAACCGGAGGUGGUUCAAGUAUACUUAACAUUGUUACAAACGUGUUCGAAUCCUGAAACUUUGGAAGCUGCUGCUGGAGCAUUACAGAAUUUGGCAGCUUGCUACUGGCAACCUAGUAUUGAAAUUAGAGCAGCUGUACGUAAAGAUAAAGGUUUACCUAUACUCGUCGAAUUACUCAGAAUGGAAGUCGAUCGAGUUGUAUGUGCUGUGGCGACGGCCUUACGUAAUUUGGCUAUCGAUCAUCGUAAUAAAGAACUGAUAGGAAAAUACGCGAUGAGAGAUUUAGUUCAAAAAUUACCAUCGGGAAGUCUAACUCACGAUCAAAUCACUUCAGACGAUACGAUAGCUGCUGUUUUAGCAACAUUGAACGAAGUUAUCAAGAAAAAUGCCGAAUUUUCGAGAUCACUUCUAGAAGCUUCAGGCGUCGAAAGACUAAUGAAUAUUACCAGGCACAGGCAAAAGUACACGCCAAGGGUGCUGAAAUUCGCCGGCCAAGUAUUAUUCACAAUGUGGCAACACCAAGAAUUAAGAGAAGUGUAUAAAAAACAUGGAUGGAAGGAGCAAGAUUUCGUUACUAAGACUGUCGCCGCCAGAAACGCUGGCCCUAAUUCACCUAGCAACGCUAAUAGUACCUUAAAUAGGCCGAUGGCUAGUCAAGGUGGUACGAGAUACGAAGAUAGAACAUUGCAAAGGCCACAGCCUGUGGGCGAAUCAUCGAACCGAAGCGGUGCUCCGGUGAUGAGCGCUUAUCAGAUGCCGAAUGAAGAAAUUCCAAUGCCUGAUAUGUCUUAUCCGGAAGGAUCAUCACAUAUGCCUCCGGCAGGAGGUGUGCGGAUAUUCCCGUCCGGUCCUGUAAUAAAACCAGGCGAACCUCUGUACGCUCAAGUAAACAGAGAGAAGAAGAAAAACAGGCAAUAUGAUCCAUCUGGAACCGAAACAAUCGGUUCAGUGGGCAGUAACGAUGCAUGGUCUGGAUACGAUGAUCAAUCACAAGACCAUCAUUUACCUCAACACCAAAGCAAAGGCAUGGUUAUCGAUCCAAAAUCACCUCCUUCGGGUGGCGAUUCUUGGGUUUAAUUCAACAAUUAACUACACGAAUACAGCCUACGAUAUUUUUUACAUGUAUGUACCUAUUUUAAAGUCGUAUAUAUACAUUUUUUUUCCUAUUGAAAAAAUGAAAAAUUGAAAAAAAAAACUUUUUAGCUAUUAUACUGAUUUAAAUGUCAUAAAAUAUCCGUAUUUUAGCAUUCUUAUAUUUUUUUUUUGUUUUAUUUUUUUGUAUUUUUUUAUGUUAUUUAUUUAAUGUGUAUUGAAUGUGGCUUCAUUUUUUUAAAACUUUUCUUUCAUUUUUUCCCUCGAUGGCCGUUUUGUAAUUUCUUUUAGUGUUUUAUUUAUCGAGAUGAUAUCUUAAUAGUAGUGAAUUUUUUGUAUGUCGAAUACGGUUUAUGUAGAUAGUGAGAAGUCUGCGCUAAUCCGACUAAUUGAUUAUUAUUUUAUUUGAUUUUCUUCAGUAUUGUUAUUUUAUUCGGAUUUAAAUAGUUUUAAUUCGAGAAGUCCUUCGACAUAUUUUUUAUCCUGUUGUCGACGAUAUUUUUUUUUUGAAAUUUUAAAAAUUUGAUUAGAAUAAUAAUAUUGAGAAGUUCAUUUUUGAAUAAUGAUUAGUUGAAAUGGUGUAGAUCUGCUCACUCACUGCUGGGAUUCAAUUCAUACGGCAGCUUUUUCAAUGUUCCUAGAGAAAAAAAGGAACUGAAUUUUUUAAAAAGAUAUUUUAUAUGAAAAUUUAUAGUUGUGUUAGUGGUUGUAAUUUGUUCUCAAUAAUACGUGCGUUCGUGUGCCUGUCUCGAGUGUUUUUUUUUUUUCGUUCUUUAUUUUAAUAUACAAACGCUUUCGUUUUGUAUCAUCUCAUUUCCUCCUCCGAUUUUUUUUUGUUGAUAAUUUUUAAAUUUUAGCCUUAUCAUUCCAAAGUUGAUUUUUUUCUCCCUUCAAAUACCGAAUACUUAAUGUAUAAGCUUCGUAUUUAUACCUCCCUUUCCCAUUUAAAUGAGUAAAGCUGCGCUUACAUUCGAAAAUACUCGAUCUUCCCCUUAUUCGUUGUGAUUUAAGACGGCGUGAUUUGUUGCACCUUUAGUUUGGAAAAAAUAUUCCUUACUUUGACAGCGUAGAUUUAUUGUGUUCAACUUCUCACGCUGUUAACGAGUACUUAAAUAGUAAAGAGAAAGAAAAAAUAAUGGAUACUAUUUUAGUGGUGCUUUUACACUAGUUACUUGUAAUAUUUUCAUUGUAGUUAUAGUGUUUAUUUUAAUCCUACGUGUAUUUGUGUACUCCAAUUCGAGCCAUUGGUAAUAUUUAAAAUAUUAUGCUUUUUUUAAUAAUCAAAGUCAAUUCGCCGAUUAAUGGAGUAUCGGUUGUGAGGGAUAUUUUUUUCUUUUUUUAAAAAAACAAACUCAACGAUAAACUAAACCGUAUACACCAUUAAAACGGAGAUUUUGUACUUUGAAAGUAUUUUUUUUUUCGAAGCUUUUUUGGCUGAAAAAAUGUGUCAUUUUUAUAGGUUGAUUUUUUUUACGCAUUGAAUUUUUUUUGUUGGUUUUACGACACUUUUUUUUAUUUGUGUAGAAUUAAAACUAUUUAGUUCUUUUUAUUUUUAUAUAUUUUUUAUAUACGUGUAGCUUUUUUUCCUCAUGUGUAUUUAAAAAAAUUGAGAUGUAUGUCUUUUAUAUAAAUAUUAUAUGUAAUGUGAGAUUUUUUUAAAAAUUAUGUAUGAAUGAACCGUAUUGUGGCGCUUUUAUAUUUUAUAUCUUUAUUGUUCGUAUUUUAUCUUAUUUUUAACGAUUAACUUUCCUAUAUAAUUUUUUAAUUUAUUUUCUCUCUUUAUCUCUUUCCCUAUCUCUCUCUCUUUUUUUUUUGUAGAAUAUAAUUGGCAACGUUGUAGCAUAUUUAAGACUUGUGCAAUAUUUUUUCAGUUCAAAAAUUCGAUGUAAUUUUUUUUUCUAGCGAAUAAUUUAACGAUGUAAAUAAGGCCAAUAUUUUUUGAAUAGAUUUAUACGACGAGAGAACAUAUUAUGCUUACCGAGUUUAAAAAUUAGUUGUAUAGUAAUCACGCUGCAAAUUAUUAUUCGGCAAAUUCAAUACAUAAUGAAAUAUUGUG